AGUACAAUGAAAUAUAAAUUUGUUAAUCCUAUAAUCUGUACUAAAUAUGUGGCCAUGUAAUUCUACAUACACCAUGGUGCACUUGUAUCCACAUAAAUCGAAUUUGUCAGUACUGUUGUGAUUGAAAGUGCUUUAAUGACUUGGCCCAGUUUCGUUGAUCCCUCAUAGUCAGGACUUCGAUGCUGUGCAUUCAAGUGGGUGUCCUAGUUUCCGAGACAUUCAUAUUUUGUGACUAUCUGUGCUUUUUUACAUUAUUUAUUUUGUGGCCAGUUGUCUCAACAUUGCUCAGGUUUAGUAGGGUGACAGUAUCUUGCUCUUGGGUAUGUUGGUGAGGAUCAUCCAGAGUGAGGGCCCAGAAUGCACCUGGAAGGAAAGUGUGUCACCAUGUCCUCAGCCGAGGCUGACAGGUGUUCUUUUUGGGGGCGCUGGCACAUGGUAUUCUUGCAGUGUGUGAAUGUGUAUAUGGGAUUAUCUCAUGUUUCUCUUUAAAGACCCUGGUGAGAAAAUCCGAGCUGGAUGAUCUUCUCCACUAAGCCCUGUCAUGCACCCUCCUUGACGAUGAAUACUUUGGUUCUGUAAAAGAAUCAACUCAACCCUGCCAAAGAAAGGCACACAAAGUUAGCGGCAUUUUUAUCUCAAACUCAGGUCAUUUGUAUGUAUUUUGCAAGGUGGUUAAUUUGUACAAAUUCGCAUGAUCUCACUCAUGCGUACCCCUAAACCUACCUGUCAGUGGUACGUCAAAUCGUACAAGUGACGAUGUACAAAUAAGCCAAAAUAUAAAAUGCAUUUGAAUUGGUUGAAAAAUAAUGUUACCUUUCUGUUGUCAUGCAAGCAUGCCACAUUGUUAAAUCACAGUAAGUAGCAUUGCCUUUUGUUUGUGUCCAUUCCUGUUGUGUCCCAUCCACAACCCAACUGUGUCAAACAGUAUGUUGCUCAUGAUAUUUAUCAUUUAUUCAUGUGCCAGACUUUAAUUGUGAAUGGAAAAUCUGCACGACUUUUCUGACACUGCCAAAUGCCCUACUGAGUAGAUAUCCUGUACCUACCCUCCUUUGCACUAAUGAACCUGACAUUUGUUUCUUUUACAGGGACACCGGGGGAACUAACAUUUCAAGUUGAUAUUUUUCAAAGAUGUGCCACAUGAAAAAGGUCAAAGGCAAGUCUCUCUUUUUUCCCUGGUGAUGCCUGCCAGAAAGGUCAAGGUUACAAUAUGACCUAUGGGAGUAUUGUGUAAUUCCAUUGGGCUGUGCCAUGCUAUUCUCCAGUGCGUGUGAUGUAAGAGGAAAGCUGUCUGUGGUCACAGCAUGUGUUCUAUUUGCCUGGAGAUUUACAGCAGCACAGGAGUAAACAUGAAUUCAGAAUACAGACCGACAAAAAUAAACAACAACAGCUGGAAAAGCGAUGAGUAAUGACCGCUUUCAAGAGCGCACUGGAGAAGAGGGCAGUAAUCUGUAUGCACACAGCCCCAUGUUAAUCGUCACAUCCAUCACCAUGGCAAUGGAGCCAGAAUAUAAAAUUAUGCACUAUGCCGACUGAAUCGGAGGACAAGAGAAAAGAAGCUAAAUGUGUUGCCAACAAGUCAUUAGUCGUUUAUCCAGAAUGGAAUUAGACUUGCAACCACAGCCUUGGGUCAAAUGUGCUAUGGGCACCACGGUUCAGCUGGCACGCAAUCAAGAGCAGAAGCGUAUGGACCAAGAUACAGAUCAGCAGAUAGAGUACAUUUGAAUUAAAGAAUCAGAAUUCCCUUUCGACCGUGGGUAAACCGAGUGGGCUACACCUCCUCUUCAGUCGUCACACUCCCCUCCCCUCUCCAUGCCCCCAGCGCUUCCCAGUCUCUGGUUCACUCGUCUCUGUUUACCUCUCUGCUAAUCCCUUGCAUUGCGCGCUCUCUCUCUUCCCCACAUUCUCUCGAUCGCUGUCUCUCCUCCCCUUUCAUGCUCAGAGCCAGCGGGCUGCCACACGACCCACACUGCCUGCUACAUGAUCUCGUGGAAAACAGAGCUCCGUGUCUUUGUAGCCGCUUGCUGUUGCUCGAGCCUUUGUAGAUUGCAAUCUAGGAGACAAGGAAAGAUGCCUUCGCGACAACCCUGACUCCUGUUAUCUCCAGAUGCUCUCCUGUCCCCUUUCCUAGUAUCUCACCCCCUGACCCUUUACCCCAUCCCCUCUCCUCUACCCCUCUCCAAACCUCCCUCUCUUAAUCCCCCCAAUCUCCCCUUCACCUCGCACCCUCUUGACAAUGUUCUCAUGUGUUCGCUGGUUUCAGCCUUUCCUUGCCUUGCUCUCCUCUACCUUGUUAACUUGGGGGUACAACUGCCCAUCCAGCUGCUUGUGUCCAGACCAUCACACCGUGGACUGCACAGGUCAAGGACUCACCCGUCUUCCAGACUCCAUCCCUUUGGACGUACGGAGGCUCCUUCUGUCUAACAACUGGAUUCCCUGGAUCCCUUCUGAUUUCCUGGUUCUCUACAGUGAUUUAGUGUACCUGGAUCUGAGGAAUAACUCCCUGACAAGGCUGGAGCCUGGGACUCUGAGCACAUCCUCCAGACUGGUCUACCUGGACCUGGGAAGCAACAACUUGACUGAGAUCCCCUCAGGAACUUUCGGGGAAUCCCGUAGUCUGAUCAAGCUACGGCUGGGGAACAAUCCAUAUUUGAAUAUGGUCAGCGAGGACGCCUUUGCGGGCCUCACUUCCUUACGAGAGCUUGAGCUGGAGAGGAAUCCUCUCUCCGGCCUGGACGUUGGGGUGUUGAGCCAGUUGCCUUCUUUGCGGGUGAUACGCCUGGAAGGGAACCCCUGGUUGUGCAAUUGCAACUUUGCCAAACUCUUUCUGUGGCUAUUGGAAAAUCGUCACAAGCUCCCAACUGGGUUAGAUGGUAUGGAGUGCUCUCUUCCUGGGGACGGGCGGCAGGUGUCCCUCAGUGUGCUUUCUGAGGACAGUUUCCGGGAGUGUCAAGGAUUGCUGACUCUCACUGAUUAUCUCAUAGUAAUUUUUUCUGGAAUUUGUAUUUCAGUGGCAGCCAUUAUUGCCAGUUUCUUUCUGGCCUCCACUAUCCACUGUUUCCAGCGGCUCAAAUCCAAAAGGACAGAUGAAGAGGAGGCAGAGGACUAAGGGGACAGAAUCAUUGGACAGAAUGGAGAUUACGAAUUACCCAUAAUGCACCACACAGUGGAAGCCAAGGGAUUGGAUAAAGAGGUGAAAAACCUUAUUUCCAUGACAAAAGAACCCUGAAUUAGGCCCCUGUGUGACCAGGCUGAGGCUGCUAGAGCCGUCUCAAAUCUCACAACCUUCAUCCGUGAUGCUUGAAUGGAGCGUCACGUUUUUUAUACUUGAACACCAAUGAUUGAAUUGAGCCUUAAGACUAAAACUGUUCGUGACAAUGCAGUGUCUCAUGCCCCGUAUUGAAAAGUGAUCAGCAUUAUAUUUUGACAACAAAUAGCAGCAAUGGUCAUUUUAUGGAUAUGUGUACAUGAUAUUUUUGGUAUUGUGUACAUGAAUCUUGCUCAGUUUUAGUACGGUUUAGCUACUUGCACUUUAAAGUACAGAUGACAUAUUGCACACAAUCCCAGUGAGCCAUACUGUAAGCCAUUUUUCAUACAGUAAAUCAUGAUGACACUUAUCACCAAAGAAUGAACAUAAAAUGAGCAUACGUUGUGACAUACAGAACAUGUUUUUCAUUUAAAAGUUUCAAAACACCAGUCAAUUUGGUUUUAUUAUAAAUAUCAUAAAAUAUGUUUGGUUAUCCACGACUUCGUUAAUGUCACGCAUACUCUUAAUACGCUUGCUGUAGAUACAGAUGGGUCGCAAUUAUAUACUGUAUAUCAAGUACUCAAUCACGGUUAUUUUAAAGGCUAAAUUAAAAGGGAAAUUUUUGUCCUUCAUUUUAUGUCGAUUUUGUCUCGUAACAUUUUUUCCUUUUUUUACUUUAUGUUAUGACUAAAUAAACAUUGACGCCAAAGUGUUUAAAAAUAUGAAUUAUUAUGCCUUAAUCUUUUUCCCCACACAUAUUGUACCUGAUUCCAAGUGGGUAGCUCUCUUUUAAUACAAUAUUAUAUUAUAUUAUAUUAUAUUAUAUUAUAUUAUAUUAUAUUAUAUUAUAUUCAGUGUCGAGGGGUGACUAGUUACAUGUCUGAUGCCA